UUCAAGACAGAAGAGACAGCCCUCCUAUUUUAUCUAUUGGUAUUUCUAGGAAACAAAACAAAAGAUAAAAGGUAAGAAGACAAUGGAUCUCUUUCCGAACUGACUCUUCUACCUUCAAAGGAAUUGAAGGGGAGCUGUUAAUUAGACAUUGUAGCUAAGAGAGGAAUGACAGCUUCCACCAGAACGAUUUCUAAGGCUUCAAGCAACAUCGAACGUGGGAUGUGCGCCGCACCCUUGCGCUAAGGACAACUCCUCGAGAAAUGAUGACACCAACUAGGAGACGACGACGGAGAAUUGGACCACCACCGUCCCUGUCUCGAAACUGUGCACGUCCUCCUCUUCCUUGGACUGCUACGAGCACAGCAUUCGAAACCCCUCCUGCUUCCCGUCUUCAAGGUUUGACUUCCUCAUGCCCCCUCACGCGAUCCAAGAAACAAGACCUCACCCAACCUUGCUCCCUCAGUCCCUCCCUCCCUCCGCCCGUCACAGAACCUCUCAAGACGAGCGUCCACAGAGCUCGAUCAUCUCCGCUCGCUACCUCGAGAGAAAAGAAAAAGAAUCUUUCUUUACGUUGGAACCGCUCCAAAAUUUGGCAUUUUUUUCACCUUAGCCGAUCUCGAAAGGAACCCCUUUUCUAAACCCUAUUGUGUAUAUCCGAAGGAGAAACCCUCGCCCGACUUCUGUCACAGAAGAAGUAGGAGGCAAGUAAAGCAGAGAGGCAACUCACCCGUGGUCGAGGCGGGAGAAGGGAAGGAGGGGGCCGAGAAUGGAGCGAUCCGGCAGCGCGGGGUCGGCGGUGGUGGCGAUCGAGUGCGUCGCCGGGAGCAGCAGUGCAGACGAGUGGGGCGGCUGCAACGGGGAGGAGGCGGCGCCGUUGCGCAUUGGGGACAUCCUCGAGGAGAUAACCUUCGGAGGGUCACCGCCCGCCCGGGCGGGACGCCGUCAUGAAGCUCCUUCACGCCGCAUUCCAGCGAGGCGACUCUUCUGUCCUCGUGCGGGCCCGCCAUGGCGAGCGCUCCGCCGCGCCGUACCUCGAGCUCCACGCCUGCAGUUCCUCCUCCUCUCCAUCCGCGACCCUAACUACGCCAUCAUCGCCCUCGUCGACCGAUCCGAGUCCGAGCGCAUCGCAUCACAAGCUAACCGUCAUGAAGCUCCUUCCCGCACCGUGAACACGGGAGCACCGACCGACCUUUCGGACUCGGCGAACACUGGUCUGUGUGAGGUCGAGGACUACCAUCUCGUUUAUAGGGUUUCAUCGACAUAUCGUCUGUAACGGACGACGACAGCGGCGAGGGCGUCGAAGCUCCUCGUCGUCUCACGGGUCGGGAACGAGAAGGUGCUUCCCUGGAUAGUCUCGACCUCGGGCGCCAUCCGCUGCUUCGACACCAUCUCCCUCAGCCAUAAGCUCUCGCUGCACCGGCACGCACUGAAACCCAUUCUGCUUCACUUGCUCAUGUGGGACGCGUCUGCGUCCGCGGUUCCAGGAGUGGUCGAGCAGCACGAGUCCCCUGCUCUGGCGCAACCCAGAGUCUUUCGUGCCGCGACCUCCAGCAAGCAACAGGGCUGGUGGUCCGACGGCGCCGCCACAACAUUUCAUGUCGAGGCAUCCGUCGGAAGAGGAGGCUGUGACGCCGCCACUGCCGUCGCUAGCACCACCAUUGCCAGCAGGCGAGGUUUCCCCCGACGCCAUUAUCGGCAGGUACAUGGUAGUAGAUGUGUCGUUGAGAUUCCGCUACUCGAACGCGAGCAGCGACUGAUUCUUGUGCACCGUCCUUUCCAACCAGAACUAAUGUUUAUUUAAGGCUUUUGACGCAUCUUGUGCACCCUAGGAGUGGCAUUAGCCUUUGUUCUUGUCAUGGCUUGAUGGCUACAACCACGAUAGAUGAUGGUUGCUGUUCCAUUCUAAGAUUUCCAUAAACGCCGACUUACAUGCUCUGUAA